ACAACUAAAACCCUCGUUGCCCUCGCACAUAUGCACCUUCCCACCACUCUUAUUGCAGGUGAAGAAAUUUGUCAGAAAAAAAAAAAUAUUACUUUUUCACUUUUAUUAUGCAUUGAAUUCAGCUUGAUUUGGUGAUGACAGUGUGAAAAUAUUGUGGAUUUUUAAUUUAACGAAUCGAAGAUGGCAGUGAAGAAACAGAAGCGCCAUAGGAAGAUUGUGAGAUUCUUCACAGCUUGUUUUGGAUUCAGGCAGCCUUACAAAGUUCUUUGCGACGGUACAUUUGUCCAUCACCUCAUCGAAAAUCGUAUCACUCCUGCUGACGAAGCUCUCUCUAAAACUCUGUCCGCCCCUGUUAAGCUCUUCACCACCAAGUGUGUUAUUGAGGAGUUGAAGAGACUGGGCCAGUCACAUUCCCAAGCUCUUGAAGCGGCGCAUAAGCUUGUAGUUGCAAGAUGUGAUCAUGACAAGAGGAAUAGUGCUGAUGUUUGCAUCAUGGACAUUAUUGGAGAAAAAAAUUCUGAGCAUUUUUUUGUUGCUACUCAGGACGUUGAUCUGCGGAAGAAGUUACGGGAGGUUCCAGGUGUUCCACUUAUAUUUGGUUUGCGAAAUGCCCUUUUUCUUGAGCCCCCAUCUGCAUUUCAACGUGAAUUUGUUAAAGCUUCUGAAGAAGGACGCUCUCAUAUGACUGAAUCAGAAUAUAAAAUGUUAAAAAAGGGAGCUAAUAACUUGUUGGAAACAGAGGGAACUAGGAAUUCAUCUAAUGAAAAUGACGAUUUAGAAGAUCAGCGGUUAGAGACACAGACGGUGAAACAGAAACAUAAUACAACAGAGGGAUUGGGUAUGAAGGAUAGACCGCAAUUUAAGAGAAAGAAAGCUAAGGGGCCAAAUCCACUUUCAUGUAAGAAGAAAAAGAGUAGUCAUAAUCCGAGUAGCAUAUCUAAAAAGGAAAGUGAAGAGGGAAAAGAUUCUGUGAGAAGUAGGAGCAGGAAAAGAAAGAGAUCACGUGGGGCCAAAAAGCCUUUGCAGAUAGACAGCUAAUGGUUGUCACUGGCAAGCUGAUAGAGGAUCAAAAUUUGUUGUGGUAUCUUAGAAAUUGACGUGUUGGCAUUCUUCGAAGUUGCCUGAGAAUCACAAAUUUAUACAUUGUCCAAAGUUGAUUAAUAUAUUCAUGUCGUUGAUUGGAUUGUUUCAAGACUCAGUUUGGCUGUUGAUCCUUUCUCAUACUCAUGAAAGCCAAUUUGUACUCAGUUGGAUGACAACUGACAAGGCUAUGAAUGCCAUUAAAGUGUCAUAUAUUGUGCAAUUCAGUUUCUUAACCUUUUUUUAUUAAUUGGAAAGAAGUGUGUGUGACUAUA